UAUAAUCUAUGCAUAUUUUCAAUGACUACUACUUACAUCUGCCAAUAUUGUAUUAACGAAUAUAUCAUCAAAUCAAGUUAGUUUAAUUGCAAUUUGCGGUUUACACAGUACGAUGGACUUUGAAAUGGGUAUGUGGGACUUAUGAUGUGGUAAACGAUGUGGUCAGUGUAGUGAUUUAGUCAUUUAAUAUAGAGAUGAUGUCUGAAUUGUCUUCCAGAGUAGCGCAAAGAAAUGCGAGAGCUGUAGGAAGUCUUUGAUAAUUAUAUUAUAUUAUAGCUAUAUAAAUGACUGAUCGUUUUUUUCUGUAAGUAAGGAGUUUUUGAGCCCAGUGUUGCGUUUGCUGACAAUUAACAGGUAGGGUAAUGUAUUCACGUUUAUAAUACGCUGUUGCUGUAAGUUACCUAAACGUGUUUUUUCUUGUGUACGUUUGUUUGUCGCUAUACACAGAUAAAUAAUCAUACAUUUUAAAAAUAUUUAAUAAUUCCUGGUUUAAAGUCGACAGUACAGGUGAAAAACGAUUGUAUUGUUUUUAUUUCUUUCGAUUCAAAUGCAAAAUAAGAUGUGUAGACUAAAUAUAAUGUUACUGAGACGAUUUAUUGUAUUUGAGUUAAAUAAUGUAAAUCUGCUUGUUAAUUCGUGACGUAAUUAAUACAUUGUCCAAGAUUCGAAUUCAUAAUCGUUUAUGAACAAUUCAUUUAGCCUGUAGCACACAUUGAGGCAUGGGCGUAACUUGCGACUACAAGAGACAGCUAUUGUUCUUUACUUAAUAGGUUAUUAUUUUCAAUCCAUAAGCUGAUAUUCAGGCUUUCAUGAAAUCCACCACCUGCAGAGAAAUCUGGACCCAUUCAAAAUUAAAAAAAAAGAAAGAGAAGAAAAAAAAAAAGGGUGAUGAAGACCGAUCCGUGCUUGAUGAUGUGGAUCAUCUGGACAUGGAAACGUGUUCCGCAGGUCGCACCGGUUGUAGCGGCGAAAGUCUUUUAUUUAAGGACUUUACCUAAAAUCAUUUGAUUCGCAUUUUAUCAGUCGCACAUGAUUAGUUUUAGGGUAUGUGUCAGUAAAUUAAUUGUUACUUCAGAACAUUUCAGCGUUCUUUCUCUGAACGGUGUUGUGUGGGUGUAUUUCCUGAUUGAGCAACAGCUUUUUCAGACUCUUCAAGACAGCGCAAAUUCUUUGCUGGAAUUACAGUUUCCAUUGGAGUUGUUACAUGUGUGAAAUGAAAUCAUUGUUGAAACGUUUGCAGUCUACUACGAAUAACACCAUUACAACACAACAACAAUUACAUACACAGUGAAUAACUACAAGACUGUAUAUGAAUUAAGGUAUAUGCGUGUAAGUCAUGUUUAAACAGAUUUCACAAUGAGCACUAUGACGUUUGUAACAGCUACAUAGGCUGAGGUGCGACUGAUCUGAUAAGAAAGGAAUGUUUUUAACAGGGAACAUUCAGGUGAAAUAUCCUGACUUUAUGCAAACUAUUUUUAAGACUUGAGAUAUAAACACGGUAACUCGUUUAGAGAAUGAUUUCUUAAAAUCGUACGAUUUCGUAUUAUUUUAAUAAAAUAAUGUAUGGGAGGAAAUAGCAGGUGGCUUCACGUUUUAUGACGUCAUGAGCAGCCCCGUUCUCUAUUAGUGGAUCUGUUUCUGAAGAUAUCUGAGGAUUCAUUAGGAGUGAAAUUUGUUUGGGAAUGAUGCUGUGCUAGGUUUUGCUGAUAUAAUAGUUUUAUGCAGUUAGGCUUUGAUUUUAAUGCUGGCAAAUCCAAAUGUUAAACUUCCAGACCACUCUUUAUUGUUAUUGUAAAAGAGUUUGAGCGAUCGCCCCCUUUUCGUCUUAUUCAUCUCUGUUUUUUUCUUUCGUUGUCUUUGUUUAUCAUUAUUAUUUCUUAAUGUAAUUUUCGUUUAUUGUUUUUUAGUAUUAAUUUAAAAAACAAGAAACAAAAAAAGAUCUGAUGGAGCGCGUGGAUCCGGAAAAGGUGACGCGUGACGUCAGUUUUAUCAAGCGGGGUCCGUGUCAGAUGUGCGUAAACGGAGAAAAUGAGUCGCUGUUACUAGGGCGACAGAUUUAUGGCUUGUAUGAGCUUUUUCUGUCGGUAUAGAAACCUUUGGUAGACCUUGAACUUCCCAAAAUGACUCAUAAAUCCGAUGCCUAAGAACAGCCCUGCUAAGUUAAUGGAUAAUGUCGAAAGCCUUUUUCAUCCGGAGCCACGUAGUGUGUGGGAAUAAGGUGCAGAUAAUGCUACCAAACAUUGAUUUACUUAUUUAGCAUUCAUUUUAUUCGGUAAUCUCCAGAAAUGAAUUACAGCUUUCUCUUUAAGUUAUUCCUGACUUCGCUCUGUGUUACUGCGCUGGGUAUUUAUGCUAUACAAAGUGGAUUUCUGGAUGUUACAGAUGUCACAAAAAGACUGUUGCCAUCAAGCACAAGGCGCGUCCAGUUUUCUAAAGGAAGACCGCCUAACCGCAACAUUGGGCCAUUUCCCAGUAAAAAUCGUUCGUCUUGUUCCUGUGAAGGAUAUGCGUUAAAUGCUAAGCAUGUGGCGGUGGAUGAACUGGAAGACCUUCAGAGACGUCGGUCUGAGGAGUACCGGCAAUACCAGCUCAGGAUGGGCACAAAAAUGGAGUCCCUUAUACUAGCCCAAUCCAACUCACCCCUCCAAUAUCCCAUCCAGGGUUUUGUAGUAGAACCUCUUACAAAAAGUGUGAUACCAGGUUUGGCUGUGCAUGCUCAAAAAAGAAGACUAUAUAAGGUGUCUUUGAGUGUGAAGAAAGGAGUGCUCUCAGUAGACGAUGUUCUGGAAGGAGAUAAGGUAGAAGGACUGGGUCAGAGUGAACUGAUUAUCUCAUCCAGCAGCCUCACACAUCUCAAUGAUCUGCUCUCCAGAGUGACUUACACCAGCACCAUCUACCAUAUAAAAUCUAAAGAUCUGGUUAAUUUUUCUUUUGAGGAGUACGAGGCCAUAUUUUCCAUUGAGAUCAAGAGACCAUCAGUUCCUGUUCUGUAUGACCCAGGGGAAGAUAUAAACUCACAAGUGACAAUAGCAACCAAGACCUUUCUGAGAUAUGACGAGCUGAACAUCCUUAUCAAAAGCAUCCGACAGUUUUAUCCUGAAAUCAAGAUCAUCAUUGCAGAUGACAGCCUGGAGCCGCAAAACGUGACUGGCUACAAAUUAGAGCAAUACAUUAUGCCUCCUACACAGGGUUGGUUUGCCGGCAGGAAUCUGGCUGUAUCUCAGGUCACCACUAAAUACUUCCUGUGGGUUGACGAUGACUACAUAUUCAGUAACAGUACACGGAUUGAAAAAUUUGUGGAGAUAAUGGAGAAAGUUCCAGAACUGGAUGUGGUUGGUGGUGCAGUGGGAAGAGAUCAGUUCUUUUUCCGUCUUAAGUACGAGGAAGGGGAUGAAGAGGAAGGCGGUUGUCUCAGACGUUUGCAUAGGAGGAAGAUUCAAUCCGUUCCAGGCCUAGAUGGCUGCUUCUUUGUAGACGGGGUUGUCAACUACUUCCUGGCACGGACAGAUGCGGUGCGACGGGUUGGCUUUGAUCCAUUUCUGAAGAGGGUGGCUCACACUGAGUUUUUUCUCGAUGGUCUUGGAGAUUUGCUGAUUGCCUCUUGCAAAGGACUUUCAGUCGGCCAUCAGAAGAAACGCAAACAAAGCAAAUACAGGCACUUUAGAUUUCCAGGACGAAAAGAUGGAAGAAACAAACUGGCCCAUCAUUACUUCAAGAACUAUUUAAAUUGCAUUAGGUACUAAAAGAGUUUUGAGGAGAAGGGUGACCAUUCACCUGCACAAACCAAACUGAAUUGAGCUUAUAGUUGAAUUCAUUAAAGGAAUGUAUGUGAGCAAAGGUUCGCCUGAGACGUGUUUUAGUAAAGAAAGGUGUAGUGAAACGGUAUUUAAGACAAAUGAACAAUUCAGUCAAUGGAAUCAGCAUCAAAAAAACUAUGAACCAAGUUUUGUCUUCAGAAGAACCGAUCUCAGGGUAUGAAUCUUCUCAGCAUAUUUAUUUACAGUAGACACAUUUUAUUAUAUUUAUUACUGUGGGUUACUGUUGUGAAAUAAAAUAUAUUACACUGCUAUAAAUGUGACUGUUAUGUGCCAUCAUGGACUUUCUUUAUCUAAAUAAAAAGUGCAAAAUGUUUACAGAGUGAACUAAAAAUCACCCUUAUCUAUACUGAGCUUGAUAUUUGUAUCAAAUUGAUUUUCAAAUUGAUUUUUGUAGGGUUUACUCAUUUUCUAUAAUAAAAUAUUUAUUUUUUUGAAGGGUAACUUUUUUUGAAGAAUUGCUGAACUUUGCACAAAGGUUGUGUCUGUCCCUAAAUGUAUUAAUCUUAAUUAUGUGGAUGAUUAACGGUGUUGUUGCCUGGCAAGGAUAUAGUAUGUAAAAUUAUGAAAUGCAUGUUUUGGAAUUUCUUUUUUGACUUUUUUUUUUUUUUAAAAAAAAAAACAUUAAAUGCUGAACUGGUUUAAGUCUCAUUUACUGUUAUGUUUACUUCUUCAGACAAGGGUGGGAUUUCUUGCAAUGUUUUCUGGAUUCAAUAAUGUCUGGAAUACUGUUUAUCUCAAACAAUUUCUCUGGGCAAUUUACAUAUUAUUAUGGAAUUGUUGAUGUUGAAUGUAUUCUGUUGUUGUAAACAAUGCCAAUAUGGAUGCAUUUUAACAAUAAUUGGGAUAAAAUAAUAGCACAGAUAGUGACUCAUAUUACCCAAUGAAGUCUGCUGCCUGCUUCAGUUAUGAAGAUUUCAAGCCUUAGUAUGGCAAAACAUUUUUGUGCAGCUACUGUAAAACUUUUUACAUAACACAUGGAAUAGGCUUUUUUUUUCUUGAAGUGCAAAUAUAAAAUAAAUCACAGAUGCUGUCACGAGGUUAUAGUAAUAUUAGGUUCGUUUGAGAUUAGCAAAAUCUGCACAGAACCUAUCACCGGUGAUCACCGAGAGAUGCAUGCCGGUUAGAAAUGUGUCCAAGUUACGUCCGCCUUCCUCUGAUGUCAUGCUGACGUGUGCCAAAAAACACUCGCGAUGGGGAGGCGGCUGUGUCGGAUUGAGCAGUCGAGCGCAGUAGCUCUCCACCGACUGCGCUGACCAAAAGCACGAUGGGAAACGACUGCCUGAC